AUGGCCAAGUGGUUAAGGUCGCCUGCUUUUGGAUGUCCGGAUGUCCUGGCUACUCAGCUUUCCUCAACUUCAAGAUACGAACGUUUAACGAGGGACACAGCGCAGAUCAGCUGUGCCGAAGAACCGGUCAAGAUUCGCCUGACGUGUGUGGGCAGUCGAUGGCUGACAGCUCGACAUCAUCACUCUAUGGCUAGAAAUGCUAACACCGAUAGAGAUAACGACAAAUUAUUUACCAGUACCAACAACAACAAUAAUAAUCAAAGUCACAGCAAAAAGAACCACACCGGAAGCAGUUUGGUGGAAGUUAACUUUUUCUCUCUUUGCUCGAUGACGUCAUCGAAAAAUGAGAAAAUUGAGCAUUCGCAGACGGAUGGCUGGUCGGUUGGAAACGUUUUCACAUCCGAUUAUUUUCCAUACAGUGGGUUUCUAGGUAUAUUGAUGGUGGUGUCGCUGGGUGUGGCUCUGGGAGUUUUCAUAGGAGGGGUACUGUUGGUGUGUGCCGCACGUGUUGUAAGAAACAAGCAGCAACACACCAACAUGCUGCCACCUGACGAAUUCUACAUCGAAAACCAACAACAUUUGACCAUCAACAACAGCAUUCUCAACAACAACAACAACACCGAGAACGUUUUGAACCGCGAGAACAGGACAUACGACUACACCAUGCACUGCAAACCAAUCAGGAUGGCCAACGUUUCAGAUGGAAACAUUCCUAUGUUGCACCACGACGCAUUUGUUGGUACUAAUUUUGACUCUCAGUGUUGCGACAACUACGAUCAACAGCAACAACAUCGCCAGCAACAGCUUCAGCAUAAACUAAACUGCAACGCCAGCGAUCACUACUUACCGUGCAAGUGUUCCUGCUUCCAGCAGUCAUCGUACGACGACAAGCCACACACGACAGCAUCCACAACGACAACGUCGACGCAACAGCAGCAAAAGAUGAUGAUUCAGCAAGUGCAUCAGCGUGCAGUUGCCACAACAUCGUCUCCGUCGACAACGAUGAUAUUUAAAAAUUUCUCACCCACCACGCCGCUAACUUCAAAGUCGUACAGUGCCUUCAGUACCAACAACAAACCCGUCAUGAGUAACAACAUCAUCUGAAUGAGACACAUCAUUAUAAUGUUACCUAGUUAUUCCAUUUUGAGGUGAAGAAUAACGAUUAAUGAACUUCCGUAAUACG